AUGGCCGACCGUUACUCUUUCUCGCUGACGACGUUCUCGCCCAGCGGCAAGCUGGUUCAGAUUGAAUAUGCUUUAAACGCCGUCAACCAGGGCGUCACCGCCCUUGCCACCAACGGUAUCGUUCUUGCGACCGAGAAGAAGUCAUCAUCGCCCCUUGCCGACCCUAGCUCGCUGUCCAAGAUCAGCCUUGUCACCCCCGACAUCGGCAUGGUGUACUCAGGCAUGGGGCCCGACUACAGAAUAUUGGUGGACAAGGCUCGCAAGGUAUCGCACACCGGAUACAAGCGCAUUUAUAACGAAUACCCGCCUACGCGGAUAUUGGUGCAGGAUGUUGCUCGGGUCAUGCAGGAGGCUACUCAGUCUGGCGGUGUCCGACCUUACGGUGUCAGCUUGCUUAUUGCCGGCUGGGAUGAGGGUAUCUUGCCCGAAGACGAGACCGAGACCAAGGAGGGCGAGGAGAAGAAGCCUACAGGCAAGACCGGUGGCACUCUGAAGGGUGGUCCCAUGCUGUACCAGGUUGAUCCCUCUGGCAGCUACUUUCCUUGGAAGGCGACGGCGAUUGGCAAGAGCGCCACGUCUGCGAAGACGUUCCUGGAGAAGAGAUACACUGAGGGCUUAGAGCUUGAGGACGCCGUGCACAUUGCGCUACUUACACUCAAGGAGACCAUUGAGGGAGAGAUGAACGGAGAUACCAUUGAGAUUGGUAUUAUUGGUCCUCCGGCGGACCACUUGCUCGGCAUCGAGGGAGUCGAGGGUGCCAAGGGUCCUCGUUUCAGGAAGCUCAGUCCCCAGGAGAUCGAGGACUAUCUUACGAACUUGUAA